AUGUACUCUAGCGAUACUCUGUUUCCAGGCAGAGUAGCCGACUUUCCUUACCCGAAUCCAUCGGUCGCCCAGUUUAGCCCAUCCCUCAGUCGGCCUCCGACAGCUCCGCCUCCGACAGCUCCGCCUCCGACAGCUCCGCCGCACCGGCUUGCCACUCGCCUCGUGACCGUGGCCGCAGCGGCCUCAAGUGGGGAACAGCAACAUAAGAUCCUUCACACCGCGUUCACACCGCGUGGCAACACGCCCGCCGACGCCCGCCAAAAUCGGGUCCCCUCCCACAGAUUCUUCUCGGUCUCAUUGCAAAUAUUUCCUACAUUCCACGCCCGCCGCCCCCAACGCACCAUCUUCAUCUGCAGGGCUCCGUGGCUCACCGCCUGCCGCAUCCCUUUUGCCGUCUCGCUGCCGACUCGGUGCGCGCGUCACGUGCUGCGACCCACAUGCCGCGCGCCGCCGCAUGGGCGCGUGGCGCUGCGCGCUUGCGUUACCCAACGAAGCAUCGCCCCCGCGCUCGCAGUGCUGCGCCGCGCCGCCGACUCGCAGCGCCUGGACGUGGCGCGGCUCAACGGCCCCGUGCGCCUGACGGAUCUGUUUUUCAGCGAGAGCAAGCGGUCCAACCUCACGGCGAUCAGCACGCCGUGUUCCUCAAGACCGUUGAGGACGCGCUGCGCCGGCUACUGGCGCUGGAGGGGGAGGCCGCUGUCGCGCCCCCGCGCGGUGCGCGUCGUUGACCUCGGCACGGGUGCGAGGUUCCCGGGGCUCGUCCUGGCCAUGACGAGGCCGCAGUGGGAGGUCACGCUGCUCGAGGCCGCGCGCAAGAAGACGCGCUUCCAUGACCUCGUGGGGCGCGAGCUGACCCUGCCCAACGGCGCGUCCGUGUGGGGGAGGGCGGGGAAGGUCGGGCAGGGUAAGAUGCAUCGGGGACGGUAUGACGCGGUCGUGGCACGGUCGUUGGCGGAAAUGCGCGUUUGCUGCGAACUGUGCGUGCUGCUGGCAAAGGUGGGGGGACGCGUUUUUCACGCAAAAGAGCGUGGGCGUGGGCGCGGAGGAGGUGGCCGCCGCGAAGGGAGCUAUCAGAAGGCUGGGCGGGAAGCUGGAAGGCGUGCGCGAGGCGUGGCCGUGGGGGUGGAUGCAGGGGCAGGGGGAAGAGGCGGAAGAGGUUGACGGAAGGAAAAAGUGUAUUGUGGCCGUAAGAAAGGUGAAGGCAACGGCACGGGCGUUUCCGAGGUUGCCGGGGGGCGCCGAAGAAAACGCCUUUGUGGGACCGCGAAUAGGUUUGCGAGGGGAGAAAGGCGUCGGGAGACCGGAGAGAGGAAAGGUGUCGUUUGAGAGAUGUUGCAGGGAAUAGGAGCGCGUGUUGGGUGAAAAGCACAUCGAGCAUUGCAAGGGGCGUACAUGGACGUCUUUGCGAGAAGAAGAGCGCAAGCGCGUUGCGAAAGGCACAGUUCUCUGUGGCGAUGUGACAGACGAAGUAAGAAGUUGCACAGCGGCCCCGAUCGAGAGUUGUGACGCCAUUGAGAAUUGGUUUAUCUCGAGACAUUGAACAAGGUUUACUACCGAUGGGAAUGUUUUUUGUGCUCAGCGGACACAACAUCGCAUUCCACACGCGCAUUGUCAGCAAUGCAUGCGGCCGGUGCAAUUUGCAGAUGUGAGCGAGUCUUCGGGCGUCCCUCUCAGCCGGCACCUAAGUCUCAUCGGGUAUCUUUUUACUGUGUUCGUCAAAGACGAAAAUACAAAUCCGCGGACCUGGCCAUCUGCGCCUCGCUCGCGCGCCUCUACUCGUUUGCUUCAAGAAGGUAGGUCGGUGUCACCAGAAGGCAGGGGAGAACGACUACUCGUUCGUAGGCUCCAUCGAAUAAAGUUGUUUGCGUUUACUGUUGCAA